GCAAGGAUAGUUGUGAAACAAGCUAGCCGAUGCUGGACUAAAGCCUCGGACAUUUUCAUGUAUCGUGUUGUCUGUCAGUAAGAGUCGUUGUCGUCGGAGCUGUUGUUGCAGUGAAUAAAAAAGAAGAACUGAAUUUGUUCCAGCGUGAAGAAAUGAGCUCGGUCAGACAGGAAGGUAAAGACCGAAUCAUCUUUGUCACCAAAGAGGAUCAUGAAACACCCAGCAGUGCCGAGCUUGUAGAGGAAGAUCCUGAGGACCCGUAUGAAGAGCAAGGUCUUAUUCUUCCCAGUGGGGAGAUCAACUGGAACUGCCCCUGCUUGGGCGGGAUGGCCAGUGGUCCCUGUGGAACCGAAUUUAAGGACGCCUUCUCCUGUUUCCACUAUAGUACGGAGGAGGUGAAGGGCUCAGAGUGCCUGGAGCAGUUCAGGGCCAUGCAGGAGUGUAUGCAGCGUUACCCAGAGCUCUAUCCUCAAGAAGAUGAGAAGGCGCCACAAGAACAGUCACCAGAAACAGACCAGACCUUACAAGACUCUGCAUCUGCAGAAAUGUCAGGUGCAAACUCUGCCCCUGAGCAAGACUCUAACACCACACAACCCACCACAGAGGGCUCAGUGGAAAGCUAAUGAUGAGCCUUCGUGGCAACGCCAGUCUCAAGGCUUUGAAGGCCAACUGAAAUCACAUUUAAUCAUGCCUUUUUACAGCCAAAAAUAGCAUCAACACGUUUUCAAAUUUACUGCUAAUAGUUGGAUUUAUUGUUAUAGAAAUAAAAGAAAGGCUUUUGAAGAAAUGUCAGAAAUGCUCAUUUUACUCUCAGUGGCUGGAAGGGUGUGUCCAUGUCUGUGUUUGAUUGACAGCCGCGAACAGACUAAGUAAAUAAGAUUACACCAUACUGUAGCUUACAAGUUGUUUGCAUACAGUUAGUAGUGAGUGGUAUUGAAGAGAAAGGACCACACCCUAAUGUAAACUGACUGAAGUGAAAUUUGCAGGUAUGUUCACAUGCUGUUAAAUGUGCUGCAGCUGAGCAGCUAAUUAGCUACAGUAUCUAGAUUGCAAACUGACAUUUGCAGUGCAUUUGUAUUCCCCAGUGAAUGUUUGCUUCAAAAAUCUGUUGCUACUGAUUUAUGCAAAAGCAUAGCAUGCAAGGGGAGCCAUGAACCCAAAAGAGGAAAAAUCUAAAUUUCUCCCUUUGUUCUUUCCGAUUUGUCCUCAGAGGGGCACAUGGGACAUGCGGUUUAUAAGCUGUAGCAGACAAAAAAGGUGACUUGUAAUUUCAGUUGGACGUUAAACAUUCUAUACUGAAUAAGAUGGGCUUAUACUUUUGUAGAACUGAUAUAAUAUGAUUAAUGAAAAAAUGAAAAUGUACUGAGUUUAAAUUCAAGUUGCUCAGUCUUGCCUUUUGGGUUUAUGCAAGAUUAAGGAAGACUAAGGAACCUUUGAUUCAUCAAGAGCUGAGAGGACCAAGGAUACACACUGAAGUGUAGAGUACAUUUUUCUAUUUCCUUUGUCUCAAAUUAGACAAUUCGACAUGCUGUGAUCUAACACAAGUUCUCGAAAUGUAAGAUAACCGUAAAAACAUAUUGUUUUCUCAUACAUUUGUCUCAUGUUUAGCAUUUUACAUGUACGCUAUGUGUUGUACAAAUUUAUAUUCAUAUUAGAUUUUAACUCAAAGCUUAUAUCAGUAAUGUUGCUGAUAAAGUUGCAAAAAUCAAGUGUGAAGGAUGUAGCGAAGAACACCUGAAGAAACUUUGCGUGAAGUGUGUUUCCACAGUUUUUCCUCUGGGACUACGUUUCCUCUGCUAAUUUAUAACCGGACUUAAAACUUUUACCUCUGCUGAACUUAACAGAUCAGUUUGUGUGCAACACAGGACUGAUUGGGAUGGCUUGAAGUGAAUACUGUUGAAGGUUUUAUAAUAAAAUGUAUUA